AUGAAGUUCUCCCACAGCAUUCAGUUCAAUGCUGUCCCGGACUGGAGUAGCUACUACAUUGCCUACAGCAACCUUAAGAAGCUAAUCUACCAGCUCGAAAAGUCCGUCCACCAGACUCGAUCUGGCGAUGCCGAAUCCAGACCUCUCAUCGGCCAUGAAAGUCCUGAGGAUGUCUUCUCCAGUGCCCUCAGCCUAGAGCUCGAAAAGAUCUGCUCCUUCUACACCUCGAAAGAGACCGAGCUCCUCGACGAGGCCGCCCAACUCCUCAGCGAUGUCGGUGACGAAGUGGCCCUCGAAGACCGACCUUACCUACGUCGCCUAUCCUCUUCCGAAACCCAGCGUGUGCAAAACACUCGCUCGCGGAGCCCACUGAGCCGCAGCUCUGAUAACGAUGACAGCGGCAGCGAUGAGGACGAGACGACUGGCCUGACUAGGCGGAGGGGCAGCGGUCGGAAGAAGAGCCUGCCUGUUGUCAAGCCUAUACAAUCGGACAUGAGUGCGUCUACCGAGUUCGGUCGCGGGACUAGGAGACAAAGCGGCACGGCAGACGACUACGGCGACCAGGCCAUGAUGUUCUCCUCAGGACUCUUCUCGUCAGGCAUCAUGCUCAAGAAGCGCAUCAUCAGCCUCUACGUCCAGCUGUGCGAACUCAAGUCCUACAUCCAGCUCAACCGCACUGGUUUCAACAAGGUCCUGAAGAAGUUCGACAAGAUCCUCGACAAGGAACUCAAGGCUAGCUAUAUCCGAGCCCACGUCGACUCGGCCUACCCCUUCCAAGACGAGACCAAGCGCACUAUCGAGGAGAACAUUUACAAUAUGGAAAAGGCCUACUCCGAGGUCGUCACCGACGGUGACUUGCCCCUAGCCCGCAAGGACCUACGAUCUCAUCUCCGAGAACACGUCGUGUGGGAGCGCAACACAGUCUGGCGAGAUCUCAUUGGUAUCGAGCGCAGGGCUGAGGCAGCAGGUCUGGGACAGUCGCUGCUGGGACAGGAGCGCUCUAUUGCUUCUAGGAGACUACAGGGCGACGAGGCCAAGGCUCCCUUGACGACACGGAUUCCCACGCCGUUUGGAAGCUUCACGCUACCCCCAUGGCUGGCUAGCUCGUCGCUGUGGACGCUCAUUAUGUGCAUCGGCGUCUUCCUCGUCCUCCUACUUCUCCCCAUAAUGGAGAAGCCCGAGCAGCAGAACUGCCUGGCAAUGCUGAUCUUUGUCAGUUUGCUGUGGGCUACCGAGACUCUCCCUCUAUUUGUGACAUCUCUGAUGAUCCCCUUUCUCUCCGUUGUUUUGAAUGUUGUCCGAGAUGAGACGCCUGGCAAGACCCAUAGGCGUCUUGGUUCCAAGGAGGCAACUUCGGCGAUCUUUGCGGCCAUGUGGACCCCCGUCAUCAUGCUGCUACUCGGCGGCUUCACCCUGGCUGCUGCAUUAUCCAAGUGCACAAUUGAUAAGCGAUUAGCGACCCUAGUUCUCAGCAAGGCCGGCACUCAACCGAGAACGGUGCUAAUCGCCAACAUGUUCGUGGCUGCCUUUGCGUCCAUGCUCAUCAGCAAUGUAGCGGCACCAGUGCUCUGCUAUUCUAUCAUUGAGCCCAUGUUAAGGACAUUGCCUUCGGAUUCAAACAUGUCCAAGGCCGUUAUUAUCGGCAUUGCUCUCGCCUCCAACAUUGGCGGUAUGCUGUCCCCAAUUGCAUCGCCGCAAAACGUCGUGGCUAUGGGGAUCAUGCAGCCCGCACCCACCUGGCUUCAGUGGUUCUUUAUUGUCAUCCCCGUCGGAGCUGUUUCCCUCUUUCUGAUCUGGUUCCUCCUCCUUGUAACGUUCCAACCCGGCAAGGGUACGACGAUUGCUCCGAUCCGGCCGGUCAAGGAGAAGUUUACGGGUGUGCAAUGGUUCGUGACUAUUGUGACCCUCGUGACCAUUGCGUUGUGGUGCGGGAGCCACCAGCUAGAAGGCAUCUUUGGAGACAUGGGUGUCAUCGCCAUCAUUCCCAUUGUCCUCUUCUUUGGAAUCGGAAUCCUGACCAAGGAGGACUUCAACAACUUCCCCUGGACCAUCAUCAUUCUCGCCGCCGGAGGUUUGUCGCUGGGCAAGGCGGUUCGAUCCUCCGGUCUUUUGCACACUCUCGCCGAGAUUGUUUCCCACAAGGUUGAGGGCAUGAGCCUCUAUGGCGUUCUGGUUGUCUUCUCGAGCCUGAUCCUGGUUAUCGCCACGUUCAUUAGCCAUACCGUGGCUGCCCUGAUCUUCCUUCCUCUUGUCUUCGAUGUCGGUAUGGCCAUGGAUCAACCUCACCCCAACCUGCUGGUUAUGGGCGGUGUGCUCAUGUGCAGCGCUGCCAUGGGCUUGCCUACGAGUGGAUUUCCCAACAUGAAUAGCCCCAUCAGCUUGGAGCUGGCCGGCGCCAUGCUCUCCGCCUUCACAGCCCGCCCCAUCAUCGAGCUGCGGCAGCGGGACAGGUCCAAGAUCGAGACCAUUUUGGCUUACGGUGAUCGUGUUCUUGUCGGCCUCAACAGUGGCGCCCUCAGGCCGCCCAACGGCAACGGCCACACGCCGGCCCCCGACCCCGAUGCCGCCCCUACGACGCCCCCGGCCAACGGGGAUACUCCCUCGACAACAUCUUCCCUGAGGCCGACGGACCUUCUGCGUGAGGUAGACCGGUUCUCUACGCGCGCCAUCGAGCAGCUCGCCAUCAUAAAAGAAGCCAACACGAUCGUGUCGCUAUCCAACUACCACAUCUCCCUGCACGAUCUGCAGACCUACGAGCUCAUCGAGACCCUAUCCCGAACCAAGAACGCGUCGUGCUUCGCCGUAACAUCCAACAUCGUCAAGGAUGCCGACACUGGCAUCCCAGAGAUCAUCAGCCGGCUGGCCGUUGCGGUCAAACGACGCCUACUACUGUGGGCGUGGCACGAGAGCGAGCUGUCGGAGGAUGUCGGUGAGGUCCUGCUGUCCGAGUCCAUAAGGUCAGUGACUUGGGCGAGCGCCACUAGGUUGGUGUGUGGCAUGAAUGGCGGCUACGUUAUGGUCAAUGUCGUCACCCGCGAGAUCGAAGAGAUUGUGAGUCCUGGAGCCGGACCGGCAGCUGGUCAGACGAGCCGCUUCGGUGCUAUGAGUAGCGCUGGCAUGGGAUACAUGGGCUUGGGAGGAUAUAUGCCCAAGCCACUGGUGGCGAAGUUGGCGGACGGAGAGCUGCUGCUGGCCAAGGAUAUCAACACGCUGUUCAUCGACGACAAUGGAAAACCCCUCGAAAAGAGACAAAUUCCGUGGCAGUCGGCUCCUGAUUCCAUUGGAUACUCGUAUCCGUACAUCCUGGCUUUACAACCGCCUUCCAAAGGCUCCUUGGAGGUACGGAAUCCAAACACCUUGUCGCUGCUCCAGAACAUAUUACUACCGGGCGCUGCCCAACUACAUUUCCCACCACCGACGGUCAGUUUGGCCCAUGCGGGUAAGGGAUUCCACAUCUCGAGCGAUCGAUGUGUCUGGAAAAUGGGUGCGACGGACUACGACUCACAAAUCCAAGAGCUUGUUGAUGGUGACAAAUUCGACGAAGCCAUCAGUAUCAUGGGCAUGUUAGAAGAUGCCUUGCUAAAUGAUAAGACGGAGACCCUUCGGGAGGUCAAAAUGCUGAAGGCAGAGACGCUGUUCAAGAGGAAGAGGUACCGCCAGGCAAUGGAUCUCUUUAACGAGGACGACGUACAUGCCCCACCUGAGCGCGUGCUGAAGCUAUUUCCUCCGCAAAUUGCAGGAGAGCUUUCUGCUUGGACAGGUCAUGAAGAAAAGCCAGAGGAGGAUGCACCUGAGACUCCAAAGAAGUCGAACGGGUCACAACGAAAUAGCUCCGACACCCCUGAAAGACCUACUGACCCUACAUCAUCACCAAACGUGGGUGGUUUUGCCAAGUUGUUGAUGGGAGGCGGCAGGAAGCCCCAAGCUGAUGCUACAUCUAUUUCCUCUUCAAGAAAGGACAGUACUGAUGCUGAGGACGGGGCGAGUGUCAAGGAGACGCCGCCAAAGGAAGAUAGGCGACUUGAUGGAAAGGACUUGAUGAAUGCAGUCUUGGAGUUGAACAGCUAUCUAGCUGGAACUCGAGCUCGUCUACAGAGAGUCCUCGAUCCCGUCACGGGAAACCUAAAGCCCAAGGCCGACCGAAGCGGUACCCCUGAGGAGGAAGUGGAGAACUUCCUAAGGACGAGUCUCGAUGAAUCAGAAAAGCAGCUCGAGGAGGACCUGCGAAAUACCUUCCGCCUAGUCGAUACGACGCUGUUCCGCGCUUACAUGUACUCGCGACCGACCUUGGCCAGCUCACUAUUCCGCAUCCCCAACUUUUGCGACCCCGAGGUGGUCAACGAGAAGCUUCUAGAGCAUAACAGGUACACGGAGCUGGUUGACUUCUUCUACGGCAAAAAGCUACACAAGGAAGCCCUGGAACUGCUACGAAAAUUUGGUUCAGCGGAAUCCCCAGAUGAUGCUGCCCCAACCCUUCAUGGACCAGGCCGCACGAUCCAGUACCUCAAGAGCCUUCCUCCGUCGGAAAUCAACCUUAUUCUGAAGCAUGCGGAGUGGACUCUCAAGGCCAGCCCAGACCAAGCGUUGGAGAUUUUCAUCGGUGAUACCGAGAACGCGGAGACGCUGCCGCGAGAACAGGUCGUGGCCUUUCUCCAUGCGGUCGAUACAAAACUCGAGGGCAAGUACCUGGAGCACAUCAUCAACGAGCUAGAGGACAUGACGCCGGACCUACACAACCGCCUUGUCGAACUUUAUGUCAAAAAUCUCAAGGGAGGAGAGAGGAACAAGGAAUGGAACGCGUUGAUGGAGCGGUUUGUAGCAUUCUUGAGGGAGUCACGGCAGGUUUACAGUUUGAGCAAAGCAUUUGGACUGAUUCCAAGAGAUGACCCGGCGUUCUACGAGGCGCAGGCCGUGGUGCUCAGUAACAUGGGCCAACAUAAACAGGCAUUGGAGAUUUACGUCUUCAAGAUGAAAGAUUACGUCAAGGCUGAGGACUACUGCAAUCGCGUUCACAUGGAUAGUCCUCCGCCAUCUCAGGCAAACAACACUUCAGACGACCCAGAAAACACCACGCCGUCCAUUUAUCACACCCUUCUUUCGCUAUACCUCCAGCCAACUCCGCCGAACCAGCCCAACUUGGAGCCCGCUCUCGAUCUGCUUUCUAAGCACGGGUCUCGUCUACCUGCAACAUCGACAUUGGGUCUAAUCCCCGAUGAGCUUCCCGUCAGCUCGCUGGAGUCGUACUUCCGUGGUCGAAUAAGGUCGGCCAACACUCUUGUCAACGACUCCCGUAUCGCCGCAGGGUUGCGCAAGUCGGAGGGAAUCUCCAUCGCGGCGCGACUACACCUAGGCGACGAUGCGCCAAACGGCCAAGGUGGACGCAACCGGCACGUAGCCAUCACGGAGGAGCGGCACUGUGUCGUGUGCCACAAGAAACUAGGCGGCGGCAUGCGCAUCGGUGGGAGCGUGGUGGCGGUCCUGGCGGACAACACAGUGGUGCACUAUGGCUGUCUGAACCGAGUGACGGGGAACAAGGUGGAUUCGUCGCGGGCGCCUAGCUGGGGCAGAGGGUUCUAG